AUGUCCGGCUCAGAACUAGCCCCUUCUAUGGACGCCAUGAGCCGCGUCCGACCUUCCGCUGCUCUCCGCCUGAUCUGGCUCAUCUACAUACAUUGCACCAUCAACAUAAGACACACGCGCAUCAUCUUGCCGGGAUAUGGAAAGCGAUGGGUGCUCUUCCCACACAUUGUCGCAGGCUUAAUGGAGAUCUUCUAUUUUGCCAUCCUCGACCUUUGGGCUGAUCCCUCUCCUCCCGGGAUGAUCAGCCUCCUCCUCUGCGUGGUCCAGAGCGUGACGAACGCCAUACUCGUAUGGGACUUGAAUCUGGGGAUACCCGAGAUCACUCGUCCGACCUACCUCACCUCAGCGAUCCUCCGCCCCCUCCUCUCCAUCUCCGCCCACGUCCUCGACUCUCCAGACCUCCACAUCAUCUCCACCUACAUCCUCGACGCCUUUAUCUACGCCCGGUUGCUCAUCAAAUACCUGCGCCCGACUGUACCCCCUUACAGACCCCGGUACGCCAUGGCCAUCACGGGCUCGGCGCUGAUCGCUGCGGGCUCGGGUGGAUGGAGAGUCGGCGCAUCAAGCGGCGUGGGAGCGUUGAAGGGCGCGGUGGGGAUCGUUGGGAUCUAUAGCGGGGUGAUUUUGGCGUUGAUGGGGAUCAGGGCGUGGUGGAAGGGCAAGCGGGCUGUGGUUCCGGUAGCGAGUGGCAUCGAGGAGGGGACUGGAGUUAAGUAG